CUUAGGACUCACCAGCCAAAAGCCAUGCUGCUGUGGCUGACCCUCACCUUCCUUUGGAGCACCAUCUGCUGGGCACAUGAGAUGUUUGGGAAUGGAGGAGGAACGUAUUUCAGUACACCUGCAGGCAAUGAAAAUGAUAUAACUGGGAUUCGGGUGUCUAUAAGUCCUAUAGGCAUAUUUAAGAGUAUCCAGGUGAAAUAUGGAUCCUCCUGGAGCGAAACAUAUGGUGUCUCAGGCGGGCAAGCCCAGGAAUUCAACCUGUGGCCAGAAGAACACAUUAUAGGGCUGUACGGCAUGUACAAGAUUUACCUCCGGUACCUGGCCAUAUACACCGACAUUGGGCGCUGGGCUGCAUUUGGGAAAGAAGACGGCCGCAGCUUCCUCGUCUAUUCUGAGCAGCCCGGACAGGUGCUCAAGGAAGUCUUUGGCCAGUAUAAGCUCCUCGGCAUCUCGGGCCUCGGUUUUAAGUGGGGUGAUCCUAAAAUAGAUCUUGAAUCAGCACAAGCACAAAACUCCACAGGGAAGUGA